AUGACUAUGAAUACAAGCUUCAGUAAUGAAUUACAACAGUUACAAAUGGAGCUACGUGCUCAAAAUUUUGAUAUUAUUCGAUUUUCAAUAUAUCGAAUUGCAUGUAAAUUACGUUUUAUUCAAAAAAAACUCAAUUUUCAUCUCCUCGAUUUAUUAAAUGUAAUUGAAUCUCUUCGAGAAUGUUUAACAAGUUUAUCGGUUCAAUCAAGUUCACAUAAUAAACAUUCAGUCAAUUUCGAUUCACCAACACACAGUCAGUCUCAUUUAUCAAACACUAGUCAAUGUCUUUCAAUAAAUCAUUUAACAUCUUUUCUAACAUCAAUCUAUACAAAUUUAAAUAAACGUUUACCAUUAUCUCGACAAAUUGCUCAUAUAGAUAAAUGUGUUCAAUCGGCUAUAGCUUGGUUAUUAUAUGUUUAUAAAAGUGAUACAUUGUCCAUACGUUUUAAUUCAUUUCGUGUUGUACUUACACUUCUAUGUACUGGCAAAUUAAUUGAUAAAAUUCAUCAUUUAUUUGUCUGUAGUCUAUCAACAUCAUCGUCAAAUGCAUUAACUUACGCGCAAAUAGAUGAACUUUUACAUGAAAUUCUUGCGUUGCCAUAUGCUUUACAAGAAAUUCCACUUUCAACAUUAAGUAGAAACUAUGCUCAAUUGAUAUUUUCAAAAUCAUCAACAUCAAUUGAUUUUGACAGUUUUCUUGAUUUAUUACUCUACAACAAUAAAACACCCAUCUGUUUACAAUGGGUUGUUUUAUUUCAUCGUUUGAUUAGUGUUGAAAAUGUUAUUCAGCGUGUAAAAUGUUCAGCGUGUCAACGUCCAUCGUUUUCUGGUUUUCGUUAUAAAUGUCUACAGUGUACUAAACGAACAUAUCAAUUAUGUCAAGAUUGUUUUUGGCGUGGAAGAACUUCAGAUCAACAUUUAUCAACGCAUGAAAUGAAAGAAUACACAUAUUUUAUAUCACCAAAUAAGCAUUGUCGAAAUUCACUUCGACAAUCUUUGCAGUGUAUUCCUAAAAAUGAAAGACCUUGCCAAUAUUUCAAUUCAUUAACGGUUGAUAAAGAACAGAAACUAUCACAAGAAAAUUUUAUUACAAAAAAUAAACAACAAUUGAUCAAAAAUUAUGAAAAUAAGCCGAAAAAAAUUGAUAUUGAUGAACACAAGCAAAUAGCUUCUUACACUAAACAACUUUCAUUAAAUGUUGACAAACAAAAAUUCAAUCCGACUGGGAUUCAAUCAGAAAGAAAAUUUUCUUCUCAUCAAUCUCGACGGGCGAUUACUAAUCAUCAAAGUCAAGAGAAAAAACUUCUGAUCUCAAAACUAGAAGCAGAAAAUCGACGUAUUAUGCAUGAAAUAAAUAAAUUACGUGCUAAAAUCAAACAUCAAUCUUUGACUAACAUGCGUACUAGUGAUUAUCGUGCCUACAGCGAUACAAAUCUUUCUACUCCAUUCGAACAAAACUAUUGCCAAACAUUGCCUAAUCCACGUUCUAAUGUUCGCCAUGAAUUCACUUCAAUACCAUCAAAUCGUAGCGACCAAAGGAGACGCGCUGGUUCAGUUGAAGUAGCUAAUAAAAAUCCAUAUUUUGAACAUGAACUAAGAAUAUUGUUAACACGUAAACAUCAACUAGAAUCUCGUAUUCAUGAGUUGCAGUUGAGCCGAGAAGAACUAGCAUCACAGUUAGAUCAUCUCUGUCGAACUCCAUCUUAUUCUCCAGAUUUACAACAACGAUCGACAAUAUUUCGUUCAAGUAAUCGUUUAAAUGAUUCACCAUCACGUAUGAAUACUCGUACAUUAAAGUCAAAAAAGACUGCAUUACGAAGUUAUUCAACGCCGUCAACACCAGUUCAUAAUCAAUUAAUCAGUCAUUUACAAACUAAUCUUCUUCUAGCAGCUGAUUCAUUAACUUCAGCUAUGUCAUCACUUGUUCAACAAUUAAAUACCGAAGAUGUUGAAUAUUUUCGAACAGUAUCACAAACUAAAAAUAAAUUCAAUUCUUAUCCAUGUGAUAGUGGCAGUCGAACAGAUGAUGAAUUAUUUGUAGUAUCUGAUGAUGAUUAUUAUUGA